CACAAUUCACAAGUGAAAUAAUAUUGUACAUCCACUAAAGUCCUCAAUAAUAAUGUGAAAUCGGAGGAAAUUUCCGCAUUUAAACAGUUUAUCGAGAAAUAAUUAAUUGUCCAUAAUUCGUGAGAAUCGUUAGAAAGCACUUGACGACUCUCCAUUUGCACAAUCGAGGAACGGAAUCGAGACAAAGGAGAUGGCAACUUCAUCAAAUGGAUUAAAAUUUAUGUGGAUACCCGGCAAGAAGCGACACGAUCGCAAAGGGCAAUACAACACAACAAAAAAUUAUCACAAUCCGUACAAAAAUAGCAACCAGGGCGGACAUCAGCAACGCAAGAACGAAGCAUGGUCCUUGGGAGGCACACGAGGACAACGUUCAAUCAUUAACACGGACGCCAGCGAAAUACUCGGAGAAUCAACUGGAGCGGCUUCUGCGGCAAAUUUAGUCGGCGAAGCAGCGUUAAAAGUGUCUGGGACAGCAAUUCUGGGCACCGCAAGUACAAGUGCGCAAGUAAAACUCGAAAAUGAUGCCGAUAAAAAGCUCGAAUUAAUCAAGGAAAAUGUCGAAGCAGCCAAUGAAUGUAACAAAGAGUGCGAUAGCAAGACGAAUUAUCAUAACGCAUCGACUCUCGUGCUUGGGGAACGUCGAAAAAAGAGCAAUGGAUCAGACCAAGAUCUCGAUUCAAUCGAACAACUGAGCGAAAGUAAAGUAGAUCUGAACGAAUCUACGGACGGAGAUGUUGAUGUCACGGAUACCGCUUCAACGCAAAAUCUUCAAACGAAACACAAACGACGUCGAAAUAAGAAUAGGAGACGAUCAAAAGCUAAAAAGGAGGAAGAAACACCGCCCGAAGACGACAAACUCGUUGCUUGUUUGUACUAUUCGUUAGUUUGUUGUGAUUGUACCAUCUCCUAAAACCGCGGAAUCGUCGAAAAUGUAAGCAGUAUUAAAUAUUUUUAAUACCACGAAAGCAAUUCCAUACGAAAAAAUUCCAUUUUAACGCACAAAAGUACUCUCAGAAGCAGGAAUCUUGCCUAAAAUACAAAAAAAAAAUUUUUUUGAUAAAAAUAUACAACAAAAAAAAUUAACGUCAAUUACAAAAGACUCGAAUCAAGUGUCUUCCAGGUGUUUUUUAUACAAGAAAAAAAUUCUAAAGCAAAAAUCAUUCAUAAUAAUCGAUCAAUUAGCAAAAGACUUCUAAAUGCGAGUUUUUUUUUACUCGCCAAUGAAUUUUUUUAAAUUAAAGUAACACACUUUUUUACUUGUGACAUGCAAUUUUGCUUUGCUUGAUAAAAUGAACAAUAAAAGUUUAUUGCCGUAAAUUAAAUGCAAUCAAUUGAAAGUCCCAUAUACACAAAUUCGAAGCGAAAUUGCAUUGUUUUGUACUUGCAGAGAUUCUCUUUGAAACAAUUGCCAAUAUCAAACAAAAAUUCCUACAAAACUCGACUUGAAUUCAUAAAUUAUACAUUUUUGUGUACGAUUGCACGUAAUUCCUAUACUUACGUGAUCAGUGUUUUUAAAUAUUCUAUAAAUAUUGUGUAGUCUUUAAGAUAAAAAAAAGCCCCU